AUGUGCUUUUCUCGAUGCGACUUGCGGUCCGGUUGUUGCUUUGAGGCAACAGGUGAGCGGUUGCCCAAGGUUGGUGCUGGUAUUGGUGCUGGUGUUGCUCAGAAUCCUCGUUGUAGCGGGAGCUCGACAAGGGCAUCUGAUUGUCGGCGGUUCGUUGCUGGUGUUAUUCGCUGGCAUGAGCGUGGGCUGCAGGCGGUUCGGCGGCGUGACCUUGACAUCACGAGGAAUCUUGUCAAAACGGAUACCUUCGAUGUUGAGCUUGUGAUCACGGCAAAAUAUCGUACAAUAGCUGGGUACGAUACAAAAGCUCGUGGCAUUGACAACAGCCGGGCAUGCCACGGUGGUUCAGGAAUACAACCAACUAGAAAUCAUUUAGCAACGAUGGAUGAUUACAUCCUAGAAGCGAGAGAACGGAAGCCUGCAAGAAAACGUAAUCUUGACCCACUCCCCCUUCUCAUCCGUCUCCUUCUCCACCUUGGUACUGAAAGAAAUAGCACUCAUGAUCCCAUCCCCGAACUUCUCAUUAAUCACACUCUUGUACGCAUACCCAUAGUUCUGCACAAUCUCAUACAGCCUGUAAACCAGCGGCUCACGCGGCGGCAUUUCGAGCGAGCGGCCGCGGUCCGGGAAGUUCAUCAGCUCCGUCUGGCGCAGCUCGGCUUCGGGGAUGUCGAGGAUCUUGGCGAGGUUCACGAGGUCUUGCUCCGAGGCGGGCGUGUGGCCGUAGAACAUGGCGGCCGUGGAGACUUCUUCGCGGCCGAGGGCUUGGGCGAUGGUUUCGAAGGAGAGGUUCUUGGCUUUUUUGGCGGCGAAGAGGACGCUGCAGUGGGAGGCGAGGAAGGGUCUUUCAAUGGAAUCUUACGUCGAAAGUUUGCAGUAGGUCUGAUAGCAGAUCUGGAUGCGAUCAAAGGAGCAGAGCGAGACGCGAUACGCAGGGAGGAGGUGAGAGACGAGGCCAUUGUGGGCGGUACUUAUGGACGAUGUUGUGUAGUACAGUGGUGGUGUGUACUGAUAGAUAAGCAGCUUGGUAACUUGGACAAAAGAGGGGAGGUGGAAGGCUUAGAAGCUAUCGAGGCUGCAGGAGGAGUAGUAGUAUCGCAAUGGCAAGCGGCUGGG